AUGAAGGGCUGCCUCGAGUAUUACUGUACGACGCGACUAAUUUAUCAUCCGGUAGCCAAGGUCUUUGUGCUGAAGACCCGCAAAAUCACCGAAUCGUUACUACCAGGGCAAACCAAAGACCUGCGCACCUUUUGUUUCAAUAACUCCAGAUCAAUGGUGCACAUAAAGAACCUGGCUAGGUCGCCUGUUAUGGCUUGCAGAAUUGAAAGCGAUCUUUGCGUGGAUGGCUUGGGGAUGAAGAUCUUAUAG